AUGCUUCCAAGAACACCAACUAAGGCUUUAAUUCUUAUCUUAUUAACUUUAAAUUUUAUAACCGAGAGCCAGUCUUGGAGGCGGCGUAGCUGUUCGUCAGUGAACUGUCGGGUCAGCUCUUGGUCGACUUGGUCACCGUGCAGCGCUUCGCAGUGUGGAACCUCUGGUAACCAACAAAGGACAAGGCGUGUGAUUACCAAUCCAAGCUGCGGUGGGGCCAGCUGUCCCUCCAAAAUGGUAGACAAAAGAAUAUGUUACGGGAAUACGCCAAUUAACUGCCAGGUCAGUUCUUGGUCUUCUUGGUCAGUAUGCAGCACAGUGCAGUGCGGGAAAUCAGGCUUUGAACAGCGAUCGCGAUACAUAAUUAGGUAUUCUAAUUGUGGAGGAACAGGUUGCCUCUCCGCGUUGCAAGAAACUAGGAUCUGUUAUGGAACUAAAGCGUCUGCAUGUGUCUAUUCCACAUGGUCGACAUGGAGCUCGUGUCCAGCAUUCCGGUGUGGAGAUACUCAAACAAGCAGUAGACAGAUUCAUGAAAGAGAGCAAUGUGGGGGAACACCAUGUAAUAUCACGGCCUUAAGCAAAACGCGAGCUUGUAAACAAACAUUUUGCGUCAACCAGGGAAAGUUAUCAGACGGGAAAUGUUACUGCAAGUCGGGUUUUCAUGGUAGCUGCUGUCAGUAUAGUAGUAAGUAUACUUGCAUAAUUUAUCCUAUUUUAAAGGGCAUUUUCAGUUUUCGAAUUUCUUCGGUUUCAGUACUAAUGGUGAGGUGCGUUAUAAUCCGAAACACUCCGGCACUCACUUUUAAAAUCGAAUGGCUGUUUUGAAGCAUUUAGCAUCUCAAAUAUCUUGGAUCUUCAAAGCAAUUUGCAGUUUUAGCUCUGCAUCAUUCAAAGGCAACACUAAAAUAUAUAGUACUAUAGAAACCUUCGAAAUGACGUGAUCUCUUUUCUUUAAUCCACGGCGAAACUGGGAGGGAAAAAUAAAGACAAGACAAAGCAAGUUCAAUCUUAUCAUUUUUCUAACAUGAAGUGAUUCUAUUGUGGGGUAUAUUACGAUUGCAGGAUCAGUAAACAAUUCAGGCCCAGUUGUUAAAUAAAAUACCAUGACCAAAUUAGGGAUAAAACGCCAUCUAGUUCCCCCAACCCCUCGUGGUCUAAUCCCACCCAUCCAUUGGGAUAACGUAAAAGCGCCAUUCGAAUUACCUUACAUUAAUACAUCACUCUAAUCCUAACUCUUUGGGAGUACAAAUACACUGUAUACGAAAACUUUGACCGACAGCCGUAUAGUAAGUUGACAGGAAUAUUAUUUUAAGGAUGUGUAAAAUGGCUGCUUUGUAAAACCGCACUUUACCAAUGUUUUUUUUUUUUUAAAUUAACAUUUAACUAAUUGCCAUUCCGCCGACCUUUGUGUUUCCAUAUACAUUGCUUGGUGGCUUCUAAGUUCUGUCAAAGUCGUUGGGUUUCUUUAUCGUGUCUAUUUUCUUUUAAUUUUUUUGUUUAAAUGGAUAAAAAAGGAAUUCAAUUCUCGUUCUUGAAUGGCCUUGCUGUACCUUUCCUUUCUUCACUGAUUUAUUUUCAUUUCAUUAUCAAGGUUCAUAAAAAGGGGAAAUCAAAAUAAAAAGAGAAAACAAUAAUUAACCAAUUUGCUUAUACCGCCCUAGCACGCCAGUUUAUGAUAGCACACUCAUCUUAGCAGUCAAUUUAAAUUUAAUCUUAUGAAGACUAUGUACCACUUGAACUACACACUGUAUGUGACACAAAGUUUGAGUUGCGUAUAUAUAGCAUUCCCAGACACGUAUUGAUUUUUAACCUGUUUUAUUUUAGAACUGCGGGUUGGAAACAUUUUGUUUCCCGCAUCAGGUCACCACGAAAAUAUUUUUGAGCCAGAAAAAUCCCAAACCCUGUCAACCCUAGUUUGCUGACCCGACGCGGUUGGGAGGGAGUAAAAAAGUUUUGAAAUGUCAAAGACCGUCCUUUACCGUGUGUUUUUUCUUUAAUCUUUAGGGAAAAAAUUGAACAGAAAAUAACCCCCAUGGUAAUAAUUCAGUUUCGUUCAAGCUUUCUGAGAAUAAAAUAGAUUUGAGUACGCUAUAUAUAUUACAUAGAAUGUGAGUUGUGACUUUCUUUUCAAGUUAUUACCGCCACCUAAUUUUAAUCGGCUCAACUAGCUCAAUGUAUUUUCUGCUAGUGAUAAAUCUCAGAAUGGCUCGUUACCGUGACCGUGACUAAUAUCACGGAAAGAUACAUGUCCAUGCAUAUCGAUGUCCGACUGGGAGGUUUUGCUUGUACGAUGAAGUCACGCUUUACGAACACGGAAUACUAAAAGUAUGAUUGAUGUAACAAUUGCUGCUGAUUGGCAGCAAGCAAUGCGAAACGCUCAGUGUGGCCUGAAAAGCACAAACUCUUUUGCGCUUUACAAUAGUAUCAUUGACCUCUAGCUAAAAAGCUAAAGAAUUUCGAUGUAACCGCUCUUAGGUCCGUUGUCUCGAAAACCGCUAAAUCCUGUAAAUUAGCUCUGACACAGAAACCAGACAGUAGAAUCUUGACCUUUCCCGGAUGUCUUUCAUGUUCGGCAAUUGGCUAGUUUGUUAUAAUUGCAAGGACAAAUUACCAUUUUUUCUGAAUUUACACCUUACGUUCUUUUUCCUCUUUAUUUGAACUGUUUUAGUUUUGAUUAAUGCUUUCAUUUAAGCCCAAUGUAACUGAUAAGGGCAGCAAAGAACAAAUUUCCUGUAGCGUCAAUCCGGCGGUGUCAAUCAAUAAAUUAUGCUUUGACAGUGUCAAGUAACAAUGCAUUUUACACAAUCCGUUUACAUCUAUUCUAAAAAGAUGACUAUCUAUUUCGCUCUUCUCGAUCUCCGAGGUGCGAUUGUCUUUCUGGCUCUCGUACGUAUCUCAUCUGGUAAAACCAUCCCGCCAUGCAACAACAAUGACUGCUGUCAAAAGGCAAAACAUCAAGAACUUGACAAUUCUCGUCGCAGUACGCAGAGCCACUUCAAGCUUGGCCAAGUUCCGCUGUGCGACAAAGACCUGAAAGCAGGAUGGUACCGAUUUAUCAGCUUUGUCGGUGGCGAAAUGCCUACCACAAAAGUCGACGAAAAUCGUUGUGGAACCCUGCAUCCAAUUUGGUUACGAACCCGGACUGGCACGCAUCCCCGUCCCUCUAACACUGCUGCUCCGGUGACAGUCACGGCAUGCGUCAACAUUAAUGAAAGAAAUGGCGGUUGCUUCUAUUCGUUCAACGUAGGCGUCAAAUUUUGCCCAGGCAACUAUUUCGUCUACUAUCUCACACCGAUGCGUUCAUGUAGCAUUGCUUAUUGCGCUGGUAAGAUUUCCUUAAAAGCAGUAAACAAGUCAACAAUGUUUGAAGGCGAAACGUCCACGGUAAAUUACUCACCUGUACCGGUUACAGUUUGGACUGUGGACAAUUUGAACUUCCACUUAGCGUCAACUUCUAUCGCUGAUCCUAACCUGGCAAAAAAUCCCUUCGAUCCUAAGUUACAGUUAAGUUAUUCCCCGGGGGCACCUUUUAAAUUUUAUAUGGGGGUGUCUCGCUCAGUCUUUGAGACUCUGGACUAAGUCAGACCAGCGGACGACGAGUGGGGCGUAGUUUUGCACCAAAGCUAGAUCAAAAAUAAUCAGGGAUGAUAUGGAGUAAAUCGACCUUGUUGUUGUUUCAAAAUCACUGAAGAAUGGUAAAUGAACAUUCCUCUUCCGGAGAUCAAGGGCGAUGUUCCAGGCAAAAGCAUGACGCUGUUGAUCGGCAUAUGGUCCAUAUGUUGCAGUGGGCCCUGCCCGGAGUUGUUCUCAGACAAGCUAAUUAAGAGAUGAUUUUAGUGUGCCCGGAGUGUGACUGCGUGUGAUUUUGUAAGCGUUCCUCAGGUCAACCCUUAACAUAAUAGUUGGGUUGAUAAUUACUAACUAUUUGGUAUCCUUUCCUACUUCAUGAUCAUGUAAAGUCGGUUUAAUACCCGGGGGGGGAGGGGGAGGGGGUUAAUACUUGUAUUUUCCCUUUCAUGAAAGGCGGUACAGUGGUAAAAAAAAAUCGGCUUUUGCCGAGCGGAAUGAUACAAUUGACCGCCAAGGUUUGUUCGAGAGAGUCUAUUUCAAACGUUUCUAAAUAGGAUGAGUUGAAGUAUUUACUCAAUUAAAAGCAAAAUUUCAAUUAGCAUGAUAACUUGGACGUCUCGAGGCUUAAGUGUUUAUCAUUUCGCAACAACAUUAACAUAUGGAUCGCUUGCUAUACUCCACUCGGAUAGCUUUUUAAGAGAGUUUUUUUUUUGUCACCGUCUAAGAAUUUUUCAAAGGUUUUCUUGUACAGCCCAAUUCUUGGACACAGUGUACGGAUUCAUUUUGUGUCUGUCACAAGAUGGGUAUGGCAAUUUCGAGAGUUUAACCCAAAUGCAUUUAACAGAUAUAGAUUCAAAAAUUCCAAAAAGAAGCCGAAGCUAUGCAUGCAAAUUUCCAUGUAACGCUGGCAUUCGCUCUACCAAUUUUAAAGUCGUCUAUGAACAACUAUAUUGACCGCUUUGCAUUUGGGAAGGGGUGGAAAAACGAAGAAACAAACUCAACUCAGUCUCGCGUCACGCGCUCUCAGUUUCUCGUGCCUUCGAGUCGGAGGUGCUUGUACACAGCUGUAGAACAGCUUGCAGCGUAGCACAACGUUAAUCGAAUGCAUCGUGCUUGUUGAAUUCUGAAAAGAGUACGUAGACAGCUCAACAAAACUUCAAAGGAAAUGUUGAUUCGUCUCGAUGUGCUUCCUUUUUAAAGUUAUUGCUCUGUAAUUGCUCCUGAAGGGCUAAGGAGUUGAGUCCUCUCGCCUUGCGGAAAUCUCGCUAUGACAAAUAUCCCGACGAUACGGCCACGGAAAAACUUAAAAAGUCGCUAUUACAUUGACACGCUCGCAAUUGCGGGCUUCAGGUCUUAACCGCACAAUUUCAUUUUGCCGACUCUUAUUGUGACGGGGUCGGAGGGGCUCCUGCUAACCGUCAGAAAGUAUUUUAAAUACGAGUUUCCUUUUACAGGGAAUGGAAAGCCAUGCCCUUAUGGACAAUCAGGAAAUUCGCUAAAAACAUGUUCGGGUAAGUUAAAGUUCAUUAUCUUUUGUUUGACGUUCCUGGCCUUUGUGUGGAAGCACGGCUGGAAUAAAAGUCCUUGCAUUUCAUACAUGUAUAAAUGCGAAUUUCUGGAUUUCUGGCAUUCAUGAUAAUACUGUAAAUAGCAAAAGCAAGAAUCAAAUAAUGAAAUAGUUUAACGCAAAGGUACAGAAUUUGCGCACAAACCUAAAAAAACGUAAAAUAAAACUAAAAAAUUUUCCAAGUUUCCUUGGGUUAAAAGUCCACGAGAAGGUUGGUUCUGAGGAGACCAUCAUCUCAUAUAUUCAGGCAGGAGCAUGUUCGGGAAUGCAUGACGUUUACCAGCGUUCAGACGUGCUGAACCUGCUCCUUCCACACGAAACGUUUGUACACAUAUCUUGACACACGCGAAUAUUCUGGAACUUAAAAAAAAUUAAAGUCUGAAAGAGCAGUCAUGUUUCACUUUAAACUUGUCAUGUCAUUUUUGUUUUCAAAAUACAGUCAUUAGUUUUGAUUGCAUUACUGUUUAUUGAUAUACUAUUGUUAUACUUUCGUUCAGCUUCACCGGUGAAGUUUCCUAGAAGCUACUUGAGCCGCCCCACUAUUACACAUAAAGAUGAAGAGGGAGCAGAAGUCACCCUCGUCUGCAAAGUACCCAUUAAUCCCACGAUAAUGCAAUGGAAGAAUGUCACAUACGUUGUUCACUGGUAUGCGGACGGUCGACAUGUGUAUACAGAGCCACAAUUUUGUAAACCUACAAACGAGAGUGCGGGAGCGAACGACCAACCCUGUCCAGGAAAGAACGAAAUUCGCUCUUAUCUCAGAGGAGUUGGUACAAACUAUUACCCAGGACAAUGGGUAAGUAAUUUUGUGUGGGUGAUUUUUUCAGUUUUGCAUGCUCUUUUUAUCGUUACCUUUAAAAACAAAAUGAUCUGUGUAGGAUUAUGACGUCGUCAAAGUGCAAGGUCAACAACCGUUGUGGGCGAAAUAGAAGGUUGAGGCACUUCAUUUCAAAGUCGAUUUUAACUUUGGGACUGAAAAAAAUAAUAAUUGCAGGCGACAAGAGGAGUCCGCAAUCCUAAUCUUCAAGUUGUUAUUACGCAUGCAUCGCAUGAUUGUAUGUAGCCAGCAACAAUGUAUGGAAUACACAGAACGCACUUUGAUCACGCUCGUUUGGACUUUCCAUCACUCGCAAUCUGAUCUUUAUUACUAGUAAUAAUAAUAAAGAAUAGUUUAUACCCUUUCCUUGAAAAGGAACGGCAUUAUCUUUGUGGUCAUGGGAAGGUCUAGCCGUUAACAGGGCAAAAUAAGUACCUUCUCCCUCGGUAUUUUUUAAGACGCUGAGUAUUGGUCUGGUGCCUUGAAUCGAACCGGGAAGCUCCCGCUCCUCUUUCCCACUCAGUCCCCGAAAUUGAACCAGUAAACUCUUGCUCCUCUCUCCUACUAGGUCCCGGAAAUUGAACCACCGACCUCUUGCUCCUCUCUCCUACUUGGUGCCGGAAAUUGAACCAUCGACCUCUUGCUCCUCUCUCCUGCUCGGUGCCGGAAAUUAAACCAGCAAACUCUUGCUCCUCUCUCCUACUUGGUCCCGGAAAUUGAACCACCGACCUCUUGCUCCCCUCUCCUACUUGGUGCCGGAAAUUGAACCAUCGACCUCUUGCUCCUCUUUCCCACUCAGUCCCGGAAAUUAAACCAGCAAACUCUUGCUCCUCUCUCCCACUAGGUCUCGGAAAUUGAACCACCGACCUCUUGCUCCUCUCUCCUGCUAGGUCCCGGAAAUUGAACCACCGACCUCUUGCUCCUCUUUCCUAGUAGGUCCCGGAAAUUGAACCACCGACCUCUUGCUCCUCUCUCCUACUCGGUGCCGGAAAUUAAACCAGCAAACUCUUGCUCCUCUCUCAUACUAGGUCCCGGAAAUAGAACCACCGACCUCUUGCUCCUCUCUCCUACUCGGUGUCGGAAAUUAAACCAGCAAACUCUUGCUCCUCUCUCCUACUAGGUCCCGAAAAUUGAACCACCGACCUCUAGCUCCUCUCUCCUACUUGGUGCCGGAAAUUGAACCAUCGACCUCUUGCUCCUCUCUCCUACUCGGUGCCGGAAAUUAAACCAGCAAACUCUUGCUCCUCUCUCCUACUAGGUCCCGGAAAUUGAACCACCGACCUCUUGCUCCUCUCUCCUACUAGGUCCCGGAAAUUGAACCACCGACCUCUUGCUCCUCUCUCCUACUAGGUCCCGGAAAUUGAACCACCGACCUCUUGCUCCUCUCUCCUACUAGGUCCCGGAAAUUGAACCACCGACCUCUUGCUCCUCUCUCCUACUCGGUGCCGGAAAUUAAACCAGCAAACUCUUGCUCCUCUAUCCUACUAGGUCCCGGAAAUUGAACCACCGACCUCUAGCUGCUCUCUCCUACUUGGUGCCGGAAAUUAAACCAGCAAACUCUUGCUCCUCUCUCCUACUAGGUCCCGGAAAUUGAACCACCGACCUCUAGCUCCUCUCUCCUACUACGUCCCGGAAAUUGAACCACCGACCUCUUGCUCCUCUCUCCUACUAGGUCCCGGAAAUUGAACCACCGACCUCUUGCUCCUCUCUCCUUCUAGGUCCCGGAAAUUGAACCACCGACCUCUUGCUCCUAUCUCCCAAUCGGUCCCGGAAAUUGAACCAUCUGCCUCUUGCUCCUUUCUUCUGCUCGAUCCCGGAAAUUGAGCCCGUGACCCCCCGCUCCUCCCUCUCCCUAGGUACCGGCAGUUGAUCUCGCGACCUUCCAUUCCUACGUUCCACGCGUUCCCGAAAAAUGAACCUACCUCUUCCUGCUGUGCAGACCAGCGCUCUACCGAUUGAGUUAAUCAUCCCACCGUAUGAUACAUUUGGGGAAAAUCUAAAUAUGGUGAAAAUAGAAGUUAUUUAAUUGCAGGCGACAAGAGGAGCCCGCAAUCCUAAUCUCUAGGUUGUUAUUGGGCAUGCGUCGCAUGUAUGUAGCCAGCAUUCGUUUGGACAUCCACUAAGAAUGUAUGGAAUGCACAGAACGCACUUUGAUCACGCGCGUUUGCGCUUUCUAUCACUCCUAAUCUGAUCUUGCGUGUUUUGACCAUCUCUCACGUGAAACUUAAGCAAAGCACAGCGCUGGAGCAAAAGCGUUUUGACUUUUGAUCGUUGUCGCCCGCACUCCCGUAACCUUUGGUUAUUUCUAGUAGUAUUUAUAAUACUAAAACCAUCACUAAUGUUUUGUUUGUUUCAACAGAUACAAUGCGAAGUUAAAGCAAAGUACACUACCAUGAAAGCAAAUCCGUGGUCCGAACCCAUGUCCCUUUUACGGCCAUUUUUUGCUGGUAUUAAGGUAAAGAAACUGCUUUUCGUAGAAAUUCAGAAUCCUGCUCGUUAAAAGGAUGAGCAAGAAAAAAAAAGAAAGAAAGACCGGAUACACUGAAUUCAUUGUCAGGCAUGUUGAUAUAAUAGCCCACGUUCGAUAUAUUAAAAGUCUAUCAUGAGUCCGAGGCUUUCUGGUCACUUUCUUUAUUUGGUUUGGUCUUCUUUGUGAUCUAGUCUCUUCUGGGAAUUACGAGACAAUGGAGUCUUGAAAAAUUUUCAAUUUUGACCCUUGAGCCUCGGAGUCACGUUAGAAUUUUAACCACUACGAGCCUCAGCGCUCCGGAAGUUAAAAAAUUCGUACCGUCUGGUUGCUAUGAAGUGACGUAAUCAUCCAGUUGAGUAUCCAUUCCCGUAACACUUUUGCGGUCAACUACCGCAGCGCUCGUAAAGUACUUUAAUUAAAACCGUGUUCAAAACCCUGUAGGAAGUCUGUUUAUUUUUGAGUCGAUUAAUGCACUGCUGACUUUCACGAGGUCAACUUUUGCAUAAAUUAUCAAACAUUAUGUUAAGCGGGAAAUCUACCUAUGGUUCGCGGGAGAAGCAACUUCUAUAGCGGCGCAAGACAAAUGUUUCGAGAGUCGAGGAUGUGCUCACAAACUAUUCACUAUGCGACGAAAGGAGAAAUCACUGGCAUGAUAGCUGCAUGUAAAAGUAAUUUUAUCAAUCCAGGUCGCGCCGUGUUCGCUCGAGAACGCUGUGACAACCUCGUUUGGCGCGCUACUCAAUUCUUCCAAAACAUGUUGUAAUCGGUAAGUAGACUUAAGCACUAAGUAUCGCCAAGCCAUUCGAAUCAGUGUAUACCCAAUUCUUUGUCUGAAGAUUCUCGCAAACACAUAUACCAAGUAAAUCUGGAUGGAAGAGGAAAUUGUCUCCCUAAACGCAGCCAGAUUAUAUUUUGAAGGAUGGCGGCACAAUUCAACGCGUCUUCCAGGUCAGCCCUAAUUUAUAGUUCGUAAGAGAAUAAAUUGCGAUCUCCCUAUUAAGCUUUCUUUGAUAAAACUUCAGUAGAAACAAAACAACGCAGACAUGACAUUCUCCUGCAUGAGACACAAUCGGCUGAAGGAAAUAUCUGUUUACAAGUCGGGUAAAUUAUCCAUUCUUGCGCACCGCAAAAUCAGCUAAAAUCAGUCGCUGGAAACCCGGCAUAUUAGUAAGCCUGAGCGCUUCUAAGAAUACCACGUUUAGAACUUCGACGCGUAGGAAAAAAAGGCAGUUGUUCUAUAUCCUUUCUGGUUCAUCCAGGUAGAAGUCCUGGCAUGAUAUAAUUAUGCCUGAGCGCUACUAGGAUAUAUAACGCGUUUAGCAUUUCGACCCGUAGCCGUAAAAAAAAAUUUAGGCAGUUGUUCUAUAUCCUUUCUGGUUCAUCCAGGUAGAAGUCCUGGCAUGAUAUAGUUAUGCCUAAGCGCUUCUAGGAUAUAUAACACGUUUAGCAUUUCAACCCGUAGCCGCAAAAAAAAAAUUUAGUCAGUUGUUCUAUAUCCUUUCUGGUUCAGCCAGGUAGAAGUCCUGGCAUGAUGUUAUUAUGCCUGAGCGCUUCUGGGAUAUAUAACACGUUUAGCGUUUCGACCCGUAGCCGAAAAAAAGAAAUUAGGCUGUUGUUCUAUAUCCUUUCUGGUUCACCCAGGUAGAAGUCCUGGCAUGAUGUUAUUAUGCCUGAGCGCUUCUGGGAUAUAUAACACGUUUAGCGUUUCGACCCGUAGCCGUAAAAAAGAAUUUAGGCUGUUGUUCUAUAUCCUUUCUGGUUCAUCCAGGUAGAAGUCCUGGCAUGAUGUUAUUAUGCCUGAGCGCUUCUAGGAUAUAUAACACGUUUAGCAUUUCGAUCCGUAGCCGAAAAAAAGAAAUUAGGCUGUUGUUCUAUAUCCUUUCUGGUUCACCCAGGUAGAAGUCCUGGCAUGAUGUUAUUAUGCCUGAGCGCUUCUGGGAUAUAUAACACGUUUAGCAUUUCGAUCCGUAGCCGAAAAAAAGAAAUUAGGCUGUUGUUCUAUAUCCUUUCUGGUUCACCCAGGUAGAAGUCCUGGCAUGAUGUUAUCAUGCCUGAGCGCUUCUGGGAUAUAUAACACGUUUAGCGUUUCGACCCGUAGCCGUAAAAAAGAAUUUAGGCUGUUGUUCUAUAUCCUUUCUGGUUCACCCAGGUAGAAGUCCUGGCAUGAUGUUAUUAUGCCUGAGCGCUUCUAGGAUAUUUAACACGUUUAGCAUUUCGAUCCGUAGCCGAAAAAAAGAAAUUAGGCUGUUGUUCUAUAUCCUUUCUGGUUCACCCAGGUAGAAGUCCUGGCAUGAUGUUAUUAUGCCUGAGCGCUUCUGGGAUAUGUAACACGUUUAGCGUUUCGACCCGUAGCCGUAAAAAAGAAUUUAGGCUGUUGUUCUAUAUCCUUUCUGGUUCACCCAGGUAGAAGUCCUGGCAUGAUGUUAUUAUGCCUGAGCGCUUCUAGGAUAUAUAACACGUUUAGCAUUUCGAUCCGUAGCCGAAAAAAAGAAAUUAGGCUGUUGUUCUAUAUCCUUUCUGGUUCACCCAGGUAGAAGUCCUGGCAUGAUGUUAUUAUGCCUGAGCGCUUCUGGGAUAUAUAACAGUUUAGCGUUUCGACCCGUAGCCGUAAAAAAGAAUUUAGGCUGUUGUUCUAUAUCCUUUCUGGUUCACCCAGGUAGAAGUCCUGGCAUGAUGUUAUUAUGCCUGAGCGCUUCUAGGAUAUAUAACACGUUUAGCAUUUCGAUCCGUAGCCGAAAAAAAGAAAUUAGGCUGUUGUUCUAUAUCCUUUCUGGUUCACCCAGGUAGAAGUCCUGGCAUGAUGUUAUUAUGCCUGAGCGCUUCUGGGAUAUAUAACACGUUUAGCGUUUCGACCCGUAGCCGAAAAAAAGAAAUUAGGCUGUUGUUCUAUAUCCUUUCUGGUUCACCCAGGUAGAAGUCCUGGCAUUAUGUUAUUAUGCCUGAGCGCUUCUGGGAUAUAUAACACGUUUAGCGUUUUGACCCGUAGCCGUAAAAAAGAAUUUAGGCUGUUGUUCUAUAUCCUUUCUGGUUCAUCCAGGUAGAAGUCCUGGCAUGAUGUUAUUAUGCCUGAGCGCUUCUAGGAUAUAUAACACGUUUAGCAUUUCGAUCCGUAGCCGAAAAAAAGAAAUUAGGCUGUUGUUCUAUAUCCUUUCUGGUUCACCCAGGUAGAAGUCCUGGCAUGAUGUUAUUAUGCCUGAGCGCUUCUGGGAUAUAUAACACGUUUAGCAUUUCGACCCGUAGCCGAAAAAAAGAAAUUAGGCUGUUGUUCUAUAUCCUUUCUGGUUCACCCAGGUAGAAGUCCUGGCAUGAUGUUAUUAUGCCUGAGCGCUUCUAAGAUAUAUAACACGUUUAGCAUUUCGAUCCGUAGCCGAAAAAAAGAAAUUAGGCUGUUGUUCUGUAUCCUUUCUGGUUCACCCAGGUAGAAGUCCUGGCAUUAUGUUAUUAUGCCUGAGCGCUUCUGGGAUAUAUAACACGUUUAGCAUUUCGACCCGUAGCCGAAAAAAAAAGAAAUUAGGCUGUUGUUCUAUAUCCUUUCUGGUUCACCCAGGUAGAAGUCCUGGCAUGAUGUUAUUAUGCCUGAGCGUAGGAUAGUCCGUUUAGCAUUUCGAUCCGUAGCCGAAAAAAAAAAUUAGGCUGUUGUUCUAUAUCCUUUCUGGUUCACCCAGGUAGAAGUCCUGGCAUGAUGUUAUUAUAUGAGCGCUUCUGGGAUAUAUAACACGUUUAGCAUUUCGACCCGUAGCCGAAAAAAGAAAUUAGGCUGUUGUUCUAUAUCCUUUCUGGUUCACCCAGGUAGAAGUCCUGGCAUGAUGUUAUUAUGCCUGAGCGCUUCUGGGAUAUAUAACACGUUUAGCAUUUCGACCCGUAGCCGAAAAAAAGAAAUUAGGCUGUUGUUCUAUAUCCUUUCUGGUUCACCCAGGUAGAAGUCCUGGCAUGAUGUUAUUAUGCCUGAGCGCUUCUAGGAUAUAUAACACGUUUAGCAUUUCGAUCCGUAGCCGAAAAAAAGAAAUUAGGCUGUUGUUCUAUAUCCUUUCUGGUUCACCCAGGUAGAAGUCCUGGCAUUAUGUUAUUAUGCCUGAGCGCUUCUGGGAUAUAUAACACGUUUAGCAUUUCGACCCGUAGCCGUAAAAAAGAAAUUAGGCUGUUGUUCUAUAUCCUUUCUGGUUCACCCAGGUAGAAGUCCUGGCAUGAUGUUAUUAUGCCUGAGCGCUUCUGGGAUAUAUAACACGUUUAGCAUUUCGAUCCGUAGCCGAAAAAAAGAAAUUAGGCUGUUGUUCUAUAUCCUUUCUGGUUCACCCAGGUAGAAGUCCUGGCAUGAUGUUAUUAUGCCUGAGCGCUUCUGGGAUAUAUAACACGUUUAGCAUUUCGACCCGUAGCCGAAAAAAAGAAAUUAGGCUGUUGUUCUAUAUCCUUUCUGGUUCACCCAGUAGAAGUCCUGGCAUGAUGUUAUUAUGCCUGAGCGCUUCUGGGAUAUAUAACACGUUUAGCAUUUCGAUCCGUAGCCGAAAAAAAGAAAUUAGGCUGUUGUUCUAUAUCCUUUCUGGUUCACCCAGGUAGAAGUCCUGGCAUUAUGUUAUUAUGCCUGAGCGCUUCUGGGAUAUAUAACACGUUUAGCAUUUCGACCCGUAGCCGAAAAAAAGAAAUUAGGCUGUUGUUCUAUAUCCUUUCUGGUUCACCCAGGUAGAAGUCCUGGCAUGAUGUUAUUAUGCCUGAGCGCUUCUGGGAUAUAUAACACGUUUAGCGUUUCGACCCGUAGCCGAAAAAAAGAAAUUAGGCUGUUGUUCUAUAUCCUUUCUGGUUCACCCAGGUAGAAGUCCUGGCAUGAUGUUAUUAUGCCUGAGCGCUUCUGGGAUAUAUAACACGUUUAGCGUUUCGACCCGUAGCCGAAAAAAAAAAUGAAGCUGUUGUUCUAUAUCCUUUCUGGUUCAUCCAGGUAGAAGUCCUGGCAUGAUGUUAUUAUGCCUGAGCGCUUCUGGGAUAUAUAACACGUUGGCAAUGAAAUCGACCGCAGACUUUAAAAUGUUCUUUUUAGAAGGCACUGAAUUAUUUUUUCCGGACAUUUUGUUUGAUACCGCAUUUUUAAUUAAUUUUAUUUGUCGCCCCAGGAUGAUGACAUGAUUGCGUGAGAAUUGACGCCUCUAUCACAUUAGAUGCGAAAUACGAUCAGAGAUUACGGGAAUAGGGAAUGUUGCAAGCUACUGGGUAUCCAGCUGAGAUAGCUGACUUUUACUCAGCUAUCUCAGCUGGAUACUGAGGGGUUUUUUUGGUUGCUAAGACCGUGCAGCUCGUUAUGUAUCGAACGUGGGCUAUUAAAUUUGAAUAGUAGAUACAUUAUUUCAACAUGUGAAAAAUUUCUGCGAAGCGAAAAACUUUCACACAAAACCACGCUCAUUUCACCAGUUUUAAAUUUGAAUUGGAUGCAAGCAUAGGUGUUAAAUGCAAUUUUUCCAGAAUGAAACAAUCCUCCUUUUACGAAAGAAGGCUUACAAAAAGGCUAUAUACAGGGUGUUUCAAAAGUUCGUUCCGAUUUUUCAUUCGCUUAAAUUUCACUGAUUAUUAAAACAACGUUUUGUAAAACUAAGUAUGUUAAUCAUUAUUCAUUUAACAUUAAAUAACUAAAUAUAUUAGUAACCAGAAUGUCUUCCUUUGUGUUUACUGACAUUUUCUAAGUGAUGAGGUAUAGAAUGUACGAGCUCCCAAAUUCUGUCUAAAUUCGCGGUUUUUUUAGGCGAAGAGUAAUCACUGUCUUAGCUCGUCCAGUGUUUUGGGGGCUAGAUCUUUGUUUCUUGUCUCGUUAACGAUAAUCCAGAUGGUCUCUAGGGUUCACAUCACAUCAGUUUGCUGUUCGGUCGUUCUUUGGUAUAAAGUUUACAAAUCCUUCUGACACCAUGCCUUCAUGAAAUGUGUACCGCCUUUUUCUCUUCAAGGCUUUCCAACGUUUUGGAUAACUUAUCCCUGUACCGUUGUGCUCAAAACCUUGAUCCAUAUUGUAAAUUGUGAAAGUUUUGUUGAAUUAUUAUGCAUAUACUUACAGCUUUUUGGAUAACUUUUGUCACACAGUUUGUGGAAAAAAACGGCCAUCCACUCCUUGGUUAAUUUUCUAAGGUCUUUACUUUUGACCACUUGUUCAGUCAUCGUUCAGACUUCCUCAAAAAUUUGGCAAUUGCCUUUGACUGAAAGGCCAGAAGACCAUAAAAAUAGAUGUCUGAGCUCUAGCACAAACAGUGUAAGCCUUCAUUUUUAUGAAGGAGUAGAUGAAAUAAAAUAAAACGACAAAAAUAAGAAAAUAGAAAACCUACAAAAUAAAAUGGACAGGAAAAGUAUGACGGGAAAAACCUUGCGAACGUGUACAUUUGGGGAAACAUUAAAAAAAUAUAUGAUUUGUUUAAAUUUUAGUUUAAAAUUGCUUUGAACGGUUAUUGAGGUAAAUUUCUUACCUGAAUCAGUUUACAUUUGCCUAAAAAAGAAUUAAAUGCUUUGCGCAAAAUACAAUUCACAAUCAAACGAAUUUUUGAAACACCCUGUAAAGACUAGGAACUAACAUUGAGACCUUCAAAAUAUAAAUGUUUCGUUUUAGUU